AUGUUCUUAAACAUUUUUGACUUUAUGCUAUUCAUCUUAUUGUUUAAGUAAAAAAAAUACACACAUAAUAGUUAUGUAGAAAAUUAUUGUAAAUUUUCAGCUUUCAUGCCUCUAUUAAGCACAAACAAUAAUCAAUUUUCUAUUGAUUAAACCUUAACCAAAGAAUUCAUUUAAGGCCAGACUAAUGCAGGAUUUGGAGUUUGGAUGAAAUAUUAGCCAUUAACUUAUAUAAGAGAGCUAUGUAUAUAAAUAUUUUAAUCAUAUUCUAGCCAACAGGGUCUCCUAAAAUGUCAGUUUAUAAAAUGAAUAAAUUCUUAUAGAAGGAGGACAAUUUAUUUAUUCAAUCGAACAAAGCAAUGAUAACUUUAAAUGGUUAGUAGUUUCUGCUAACAUUGAUUAAAAUAAAUAAACAAUUAGUCACAAAGUAUUUUACUCUUUUAAGACUUAAAUAAAUACUUUGUCAUUUGAAUUUGACAAAUUUAAAUAUGAAGGAUAAUGGAUAAUGUUUUAUUGUUAUUUUGACAAUAUUUUAAGAUAAACUUAAAUAGGAUUUUACAACUAUAAAGAGAGUUUAUCUAUUCAAGUUGUAAGCGAUUUACCUGAAUAUGUAUAAAAAAUAAAACAUAAAGUGGGAAAUGUUUAUUCAUACAAAAAUUAGGAUGGAAAUUUAUUAUUAUUAAGCUAAUUCAAGGGACCUCUCACCGCUACUUUUUCAAGCAAGUAGGAAAAUAUGUUUUUAAAUGUAGAUUCAUGUGCUUAACAAUUAUUUGGUUAUACUUACUGUUUUGAUCGGUCUUAUCAGGUUGCUGAAAAUAAUUAAGAAAUGGAUGGAAGUCAAUAUCUGAAAAUUAUUUCAGAGAGCUUUGAAAGGCCUAGAUAUGUUUUUAAAGGAUGGAUUAUAUUAAAAUAAUCAACUUAGCCUUUUUUGGAGACUACAGUUUUUCGAAUAACUGUCAAUUAAGAUUAUAGUGAUGAUUUUAAAAUAGGAGAUAGAGAUCUAUUGUUAUAAUAUUAUUAGAGUAGCAUACCAGCGGAGAAUGGAUUUUAAAUAUCAACUUAUUCAUAUUAAUUUCCUAUAAAAAAGAAAUAUAAGACAAAUGAAGAUGAUAAGAUAUAAUAAUUGGGGAACGAAUAUUCAGAGUUGUUAAUAUAAUGGCAUUAUUUUUAAUAUGAAAUAGGAACACAAAAUAAUAAUGAAUAGCCAUUAUUUUCUAUUUUUUUUCCUUCAAUUGAUUAAGUUCGCUCUUUUACUUGGACUAAAACAAUUUAUCAUUUCUCUGGUACUUAAUUUUAUAUUUUCUUUGGAGGUGAUGAUUAUACUAAAAAUUAUUUAAGAGGAUAUGUUAGUGAUAUUUAAUUUUAACUAUUAUGCUAAGCAUAGAUUGAUGCCUAUAAACCUACAUGUCAUCAUUCUUGUUUAACAUGUGAUGGACCUACAAAAAAAAACUGUCUAACUUGUCCUGAUCAAAGUUUUAGAUAACUUUCAAAAAAAGAGAAAACAUGUGCUUGUUAAUAAAGAUAUGUUGAUAAAGAAGGUUUUUAAGAAUGCUAAUCAGUAACAUAAGCAUUCCCUCACAUAUAUAUUUAAGAAGUAGAACUAGGUUGUUAGAAAUAAGGCUAUAGCAGCUGUAAUUAGGAUAAAAUUGAAUGUAACUUUGGUUAUUUCGAAUAUUAAAAUAUAUGUAUAUAAUGGUAUUUAUCAAUCAUCUAUAUAAAGCCCUUAUUAUUUUGAAUUACAUUCAGGUACGUAAAUAACUUGUUUAGAUUGUUUGGUAUAACCAAAAUAAUUUAGUUCAACCUUAACCUGUAAAAUGAGAGCACAAACUUACUAAUAAAAUUCAAAUUACUUGUUUUAAAUUCAUUAAAGAAAGGAAAAUGAUUAUCUAUUUCAUAAAAUUUUGACAAAUGCUAAUGGAUCUAGUGAACUUAAAUUGUGUCAAGGUUGUAUUAGUAAAGAAACUUGCAGAAAUGGGUUCUAUCGAGAAGAUUAAGAAUGUAAGCCUUGUGGAUAGGGUUGUUCAACAUGUAUACAUUCAUUUGAAUGUGAAGUUUGCUUUACAAAUUAUUAUUUAAGUAAGGAUAAAUAGUGUGUGUUAUGCAAAGAUUGUUAAACUUGUUAAGGAUAUAAAGAUGGAACUUAUACAUGUACUGGUUGUAUUGGAAAUUCAAUAAUAAUUAGUUAGAAAUGUGUGUCUUGUGGGGAUUAUUGUGAAUAGUGCGAUGAAUCAAGAUUCUGUAAUUACUGUUAUGGAUCACCUUCUUAAUAUUAUUUAUCCAUGGAUGGAAAGAAUUGUAGUUAAUGCAAUAUCGAAAACUGUAUAUAUUGUUUUGACUAUAUUAUUAAUGGUGGUCUAUUGUAAACAAGUUUAGACAUCAAUUUUAAAGUUGUAAAUUACAAUUUUAGAUAAGUAAAUGUAGGUUGCGCUUUAUGCAAAGAAAAUUAUCAUUUUAAUUAUAAAAAUUAAAAAUGUGAAUUGAAAUAAUAAGAUGAUGAUUGUUAAUUUGCCAUCAUUUAAAAUGAAGAAUAAAAGAAAACCUGUCUAAUUAGUAAAACAAAUUAUGAUUCUGUUUAAGUUUCUAAUUGCUUAAUGAUACCAAAUUGUAUUUCAUGUAUUCACAAUUACUCAGAAAAUGAAUCAUUUUGUAUUGAAUGUUAAGAUGGAUAUUAUUCAACAGUUCUUUCAGGGUAAUGUAUUUAAUGUGGAUAAAUUUGUAAGACUUGCAUUUAAUAAAAUUAAAAAUAUAGAGAUUAUUGGAAAUGGAGUAUUAAAGCAUUUUAUAAAUUUGUUAUUAAUAAUAAUAAUGAUCAUCCAUUUGAAAAUUAUGCAUCAACUAAUUCUGAAUCAGAUUUGAAUUUAGUAUGCACAUCAUGUCACUAUGGAUACAUUUUAUAUGAUUAAAAAUGCAUAAAAGAUUGUGAUUAAACUUGUAAUAAGUGUGAAAUCAUUGAUGGAAAAGCAACAUGUAUAUAAUGUUUAGAAACUAUUUCUGGUUUUAUUAAAAGUUAAAAUGAAAAUGGAACUUGUUUGUAAUGUCCUUCUAAUUGUAAGGCCUGUUUAGAUAGGAGUGAAUUAGAAAUAAAAUAAGUUAAUCCUUACUUUAUUUUAACGAAUUAAAAUAAAUUUCAAACUAGAAUAUGUUAUGAAAAAUCAUAAGCUAUCAAUACCUAAGAAAAAUAUUAUUAUGAUUCAUUUACAUAAUCAAUAGUAGUUUGUAACAAAUAUCAACAAUGUUAUAAUAAAAUUAUUAUACAUUAAAACCUUCAUUGCGAUUCUUCAACUUAUUAUGAAUAAUCUGAAUAAUCAAAUGAUGAAUAUUUUGAAAACAAGAAUGUAUUAUUUUUCAGAUUUUUUGGUUAUGGAUAUUUAGAAAAUUUAGAGACAUCUUAACUUUUUGAUUAUCUAAAUGAUAUUUCUGUAAGGCACAUUUUAUUUGAAUAUACCAUUAUUCAGGUUCAAAAUUUACCAUGCCUAUUUGAUGAAGACCUAUAGAUUUUCUCAAAAUUAGCUUAGAAUGUUUUUUCCUUAUAGUAAAUUGAUAUUAAAUUCAAAGGAAUAUUAUUAUAGUCACCCAAUCCAAUAACUUUAUCAAUCAGUUCUUAAUUAACUAUUAGUAACUAUACAAUAAUAAGUUUCGAAAAUAUCAAUUUUGAUUUUAGGAGGAAUUAAAAUUCCUUCACCGGUAACUCCAUAAUAUCUAUCUAUAAUUUAAAAAACAAAAUGGCUCUGAAUCUAAUAAACUGUUCAUUUGAAUAUGUCAAUGAUAUACAAACUGAAAAAAUAUUCAAAAUUGAGUCAAAUAUUCCUUAUUCCUUAUAUAUAAGAAACUUCCUAAUUAGCGAAUUAAAAUUAUAUUAAUCUGAUAUUUUUACUUUUAUUUCCUAAAAUAAUCUUCCUUAAAAUUAGGUUUUAAUAUCCAAUAUGACAAUUAGAAACUCUAUAUUUAUUAAUUCAAAAUUAUUCAAAUUCUAAGCUAAUAUUAAUCAUCUUCAUUAUUAAUCUAGCUUAAUAAAUAUUAGGAUUAUUGAUACUACUUUCAUUUCUUCUAACUUUUUCAUAUGUAGUGGUUUAUUGGAUUACACUAUAGGAACUUUAAAAAUUCAUUAAAUAUCUUUGCAUAAUGUUAAGAUUUUGAACAAUUCAACUAUUUUCUAUAUACCAAUUGUCGAAUCAGCUGUUAUUUCUUCUUUAAGUUUAACAAAUUCUCAACUUAAAGAUAACUCAUAAUUGUAUUCAAGUAAUGUGAUAAAUUUAUAGGAUUGUCUUAUAGAUCAAACAAUUAUAGAGUCAAGUAGUUUAAUACAUAAUAAAGUUGAAUAUACUAAAUCUUAAGAAGCUUUAAAUUAAUCUUAGAAAGUCUUUAUAAAGAAUUUAUAAAUUUUAAAUACUAAUUAUAAUAAUAAAUAGUAAAUCAUAAGUAUAAAGAAGUAUGAUGAAAUAGAUUAGUUAAAGUUUAAUUUAACUAAUUUCAUAAUGUAAAAUUGCAUAUCAAACAUAAAACUUGAAAAUACUUAGGUCUCUUUUGAUUAAGUAAUGAUAUAUAUUGAAUGCUAACUUUGUAAUUUAUAAGAAGUAUAAAUACAGAGAGGUUAUGGAUUCCCCGAAAUGACGAUACUUAAUUCAGAAAUAUUAGAAAUUAAGAAUUUUUAAUUCUCUUAAGAUCAAAGAUAUUUUUCAAAAGUAUUACAUUCAACUAUAGAUUGUGUAUAAAAAUUUGCCAUUAUAGAAUUAUAUUUCUUUCUAUAUGUAGGUUAAUAUAAGAGCAUUGUUAUUGACAAUUUAAAUAUUUAAAACUGUUUAAGUUUCAAUACUCCCUUUAUAAUUUUAAAAGGGUAUGAUUUAAUGUAAAAACUCGUGGAAGAAACAAUUUAUGUGUAAAAUUCUUAGUUUGAUUCAAAUUUAUUAAUAAUAUCAACAACUAAUAAAAAUACUGCUUUAAUUUCACUAGAAUCAAAAUAAAAAGGAUUUAUAACCUUUAUUAAUACAAACUUUUCCUAUAAUCAUCUAAAUUAAUAUUAUUAAACUUUGUCUUCGAUUUCUUCUACGACAUUGUUGCUGUCUCUAAAAUAUGGAAAUGUAAUUAUACAAGGUUGUUAAUUUUAUUAAAAUUUGGUAACAAACUCAACUGAUUCAAUAUUAUACAUUGAUUCAGAAAAGCUAUAUAUUAAGGAUUCUAAUUUUAAAAAUAAUAACAUCAUUAAUUAUACAAUUUUAAGUAGACAUACAAUAUUAUCAAGUACUUAAGAUAUAUCUCCAAUUAACUUUUAAUUAAUAUUUCCAAUUAAAUCAAGCAGUGGAAAUGGUAUGAUAAUCUCUAGUUUGAUAAUCAUCGAAAAUAUAAAAGUAGAUUCUUCUAUUUCUAUUUUUGGAGGUGGGUUUUAUAUAAUUACCACUGGAAUUAGUUUUAUUAAUAUUACAAAAUCAGAAUUUUCAAAUAUUAAAACCACACUAUCCUCCUUAUAUUUUUCAAAAGGUGGUUGUUUUUAUAUUGAUGCAGGUUAAUCUGCAUUGACUCUUAAGAUUAAGAAUGUUACAUUUGAUACAUCAUUUAGUAGAUAUGAUGGUGGUGCAAUUUAUAUAAAUCCAUCUGAAAUUUAUAAUAUAAUUGAAUUUGAGUAGUUGAUUGUUAAGGAUUGCUUUUCGAUUAAUAAUCAAUUUUUCUCAUAUGUUCUAUCCAAAAAAGAUACUGUAUAAUCUUAGGUUGUUUUUAAAAAUAUAGAUUUCUAUUCAACAAAAGAAGGACUGGAAAAUUAUUAUUCGUAUUUAGAUGGUAUAACUGAUGAUGAUGUUUUCAAUAUUCUUCAAUCAAAUCCUUUAAUUUUUGUUUAAUUUGGAAAUUUUAGUAUAUAUAAUUGUAGUUUUUAAUCAAUAUAUAUGUAAUUAUUACUUAAAAUUGUACAAGCUUAGAAUAUUAUGUUAUCAAAUAUUAAGAUUACUAAUUUUACAGUAGGAUUUUCACCUCUAAUUUAAUUAAACUUAAGAUAAUGUAAUAAUAAAUAUUAUUUUUUAUAGAAUAUGCUGGAAAUAUAUAAAUAUUUGAUCUUUAAAUAACUUAAGUAGACCAAUUUAUAAAAAAUGAAGAAAGAGAGUGUUUAUUAAUGAAUACAGGAUUUCUUUUUUAAUUAGAUUGUCCUCUCAAUCUAACUAAUAUAAAUACUUAAAUUAUAGAAUAUAUUGAUAAUUAAUAAAAUUUAAAUCAAUUAAUUUGUAAUCAGGUUAAGAUUUUCAACAAUCCAUCAUUUACUUUUAGUUUAAUUGAAAUAGAACAAAUUAAUUUUGGACACAAAUUAAUAAUUGAGAAAAUGGAAAUUAAAAAUGUUCAAUGCACUAAAUGUUAAUUUGGUUUGGUUCGAAUUGUUGAUAUCUAAUAAUAAGAUGAAGAAAACAUUAAACUUUCAUAAAUUUUAAUUAAAAACAGCCUCUGUGGAAGAACUGGUUGUCUUUCAAUUGCUAAAAAUAAAAAUGAUUUAAUUAUUUUAAAUCCUGAAUUAAAUUAUAGAAUGUUACAAUAGCAUAAUUACGAAAAUCUUUUAAAUAGCAUGAAAUAUUAAAUUAUUAUAGAAAAAAGUUAAUUUAUAAAUAACUCUGCAUCAUAUGGUGGCUCACUUUUGAUAAUUAACAUAAAUAGUAUAAUAAAAGAUUGCAUUUUAAAAAAUAAUUUUGCAGAUAUUGGAGGUGCAAUUUACUAUUCAUCAGAGACAGAAUAAUUAUAUAUUUUCGAUUCAAAAAUAAUUGAAAAUAAAGCAGAGAUUGCAGGAGGUAUGUAUUUAGGUUCUUAAUCACUGUAAUUAACUAAAUAAUUAGAUUUAUAAUUGGAUUCUAAUAAUUCAACAUUAUAUGGAUCUAAUGCAUUAGAAAAACCAAGAUCAUUAACAUUAUCUAUUAAUGGAGGUUAAACAUUACUAGAGAAGAAAUAAAUAAGAAUUACUGAUAAAGAGAUUAUUGAACAAAUUAUUAUUAAUCCAUAUAAGAUAUUAGGUUCCUCUUAGAAAAAUUAUUAAUUAAUAUUGCCUUCUGGUAUAACAAUAGCCAAUUACAGGUAUUUUGAUCCAAUCAAAUCAGAAUUUAUUCCUUAUAAUCUUACAUUUAGGAUUAUUGCUUUGGAUAAGUUUUAGGAAUAAAUUAUGGGGUUGUAAGAUUCUUAUUGUACUUUAUAUCCAAAAGCUUAUAAUUUAAGUUCUUAAAAAGAUUAAUAUGAUAUUUAAUUUAGUCUAUCCUAAUAUGAUGUUAUAUUUAAUGAAACUACUGGUGAUUAUAAUUUAGAUAAUCUAAUUAUUUACUUCAAUCCUACUUAUAAUCAAGAUAUAGUUCUUCGAUUGUAAAUUUAAUGUAAUAGUGUUUCAGUCCCUUUAUAUGAAGAGAGUCCACCUUUUUAAAUUUAUAAUUAUGUCACAAAUUAUUAAUUAUAGGUAGACAUAAAAACAUUUCCUUGUCAAUUAGGUGAAUUCUUAAAUUAAACUUCUGGUGGAUGUGUUCUUUGUGAUACAUUUUAAAAUUAAUAUUAAGUAUCUUGGGCAGCACAAAAUUGUAGUUAUAAAGAUGAUUCAAAAAUAAAAUCUUUGGAAUCAAGUAUGAUAGAAUUAAGAGAGCAUUAUUGGAGAGCAUAUUAUUAUAGUUAAACUAUUGAACAUUGUUAUCAUUUGGUGGAGAAUUGCAAAGGUGGUUGGAAACCUGGUGAUGAAUCAUGUAUGAUAGGACAUAUUGGAGCAUUAUGUGAGGAGUGUGAUUUAUAUAAUUCAAGAGGAAGUGGAUCUUAUUCUGUAAGUUCAGCUUAUUCAUGUGGAAGUUGUGAUUUAAUAGCUUAUAAUGUUAUUACAAUAAUAUUUGUGAGUCUUUGGACUUUGAUUUCAACUUUAAUGUCAGUAAGUAGCACUAUAGAUAUGAUUGAGGAAUUUGUUAAAGGUAUAAGCUUGAAGGCUUUUGGAGUUAGAGUAGCAAUAAAAGAAGCUCAAACUGCUAUUCUUAUCAAAGUAUUCACAAAUUAUCUUCAAAUCAUUUCAACUAUUUCUACCUUUUAAUUACAAGUACCAGCAGGAUUAGCAUCAGUUGUCAAUACUGUUGGUAAUCCUAUUGAAUCACUUGCUUAUUCUUUAGAUUGCUUCUUAUUUAAUAUCACAGAUAUAUUGAUAAUAUACUUUCGAAUAAUUUGGAGCUUAAUUAUGACUUCUUCAUAUAUAAUAGUUAUUUUUACUAUUGUAGCAAUUGCAAUAAUUACUAAACAAACACAAUUUAAUUUUUCUUUUAUAUCUACAUCUUUGAUAUAUUUAUUUAUAUUUUUAUAGCCAAAUUUAAUAGGAGGAAUAAUUUCACUAUUAUCUUAUAGAAAGAUUUCAGAUGAAUAUUGGAUUUAAGGGAAUGUGGCCUAUAGAUAUGAUACAAUUUAACAUGCUAAAUGGAUUAUCACAUUUUGCUUACCAUUAUUAAUUACAUUUGGUUGCAUACUUCCUUGCUUUUUGUGGUAUGGAGUCUUUAAAAAUAAAGAUCGUCUAGAUUUCUCUUAAGUUAGAAAAACAUGGGGAUAUUUGUAUAAUGAAUAUAGGAUUCAUGCCUAUUUCUGGGAAACACUAAAGAUAAUGCAAAAAGAAAUAAUUAUUAUUGUAUUAGCUUAUUAUGAUGAUCAUGUUCCCAUAAAAGCAUCUUUAGUAUUCCUUGUGUUAUUUGGUUAUAGUUUUAUAGCAAUUAAAAAAAAACCAUAUAUGACUGGAUAAUUAAAUAUAAUUGAUACAUAAUCAACAGUAAUUUGUGCUGUAUCAAUUAUUUUGGCUAGUUCAAUUUAUACAGCAUAAUAAAAAUAAUUGUAUGAAAUUGUAUGGCCUUUUUAUAUUAUAAUUGCAUUUCUUAAUGGCUUUUAUAUUUUUCGAAUGUUAAUAUAGAUUUUAUUUGCUUAUUUCAACAAACUUAAUGAUAAAAUAGAUAUUUUAAAAGAAUUUAUAUAAAAAUAAUUUCCGAUUUUUGUGAAAUCUCGUCCUUAUUUGAAGAAUUUCUUUGAGACUCAUUAAAAUUAAUAAUCUAGAAUUAAGUAAAGAUUUGCAAAAUUGAGAGAAUAUUUAUUGCCACAAGCUCGUUUGAUUGUAGAAUUUAAAAAGUAUAAUUAUUUAUUGAUUUAGAUUAAAACACUUAGAACUAUCUUCAAAAAAUAUUGUUUAUAAAAUUAGUGAUAAAGACAGACAAGAAACUGAACAAUAAUUAUCUGCAGACAUCUUUAGUGUCAAUAAUCUUAUACAUUUAAAUAUUUUAUAAUAAAGUCAAAUCAAAAAAAAUGAGUUCUCAUUUCCCAAUACCAAAAUAGAAUAACAAUCAUUUGCAAUUUAGUCUCCAAGAGAUGAUUUGAAAUAAAUCUAAAACCCUGAUAACGUAGAGUAAAAUUCUGGGCGAAAGAUUGUUUGA